AUGGGGAGGAGGCGACUGGAGCUGUUGCCGGGGUUGCCACCGUCGUGUUUGAUACCAGUUUCUUCAACGCUUGAGUCGCCCAAGGAUACCAUGAAGACGCAGGAGUGCCGAAGUCUGUUUGCUUCGCUCGAAGAAGUCCGAGACACUUCAAGGCACCCAGGAGAGAGAGGAACCGGAUCCGAGAGGAGGCGGAGAAAGAGGCUGUCGACAGAGCCCAGAGGAGUGUACAAUCAGUCCCUGGCGCGAUUGAUAUGGAAAAACAUGACCAGGCUGUGGUUCUUUUCUCUCCUUUGCAAGCAGCAUUUCUUCACAUUGAACUCCAGCCGACAAUGGUCGAAAUCGUUUCGUUCAUCAGUACAAGAGCACUGCCAAUGCUUUGCUCACCAUCGCGUGAUUAGAGGGUACACGCGGCUGCCACCUCAGACUUGUGCUUCAAUAAAAGUAUCCGGAGGAGCCCUAGAUUUUAGAUUUUGGCGCGAAUUCGAGCUCCUCCUAGGGCUUGGUGUGGGCGGCGGGAUGUCUCUUCUUGUCAAGAAGCUCUCGGCGUGCGCCAUUUUGCCGUCCAGAGGCUCGGCGCUCGCCGCCGGCUACGAUCUCUCCAGUGCGUAUGAUAGCGUUGUUCCUGCCAGAGGCAAGGCGCUUAUUCAAACCGAUCUCUCGGUGGCAAUUCCGGAAGGAACUUAUGGCCGCAUUGCUCCACGCUCUGGACUGGCAUGGAAGCACUCGAUCGACGUGGGCGCUGGUGUUAUAGACGCCGACUAUCGCGGACCACUCGGUGUCAUCCUUUUCAAUCACUCUGACACGGAGUUUUCGAUCAAAGCCGGGGAUCGGAUUGCUCAGCUCAUACUGGAGAAGAUUGUCACUCCUCCCGUCCUGGAAGUCGAGGACCUGGAUCUCACCGUCAGGGGAGCUGGAGGAUUUGGCUCAACCGGAGUGACCCUCAAAGUUGUUGCUUGAGAAUCGAUCGAACACUAGUAAGUUUCUCUUUGCAAAUUCUUGUAGCUCAAGGGAUGUUUGCAAAGUUCGUUCUUUUGUCUAUUGACAGAUGAGAUGAAGCGAAGAUAAAUGGUUUCUUUA